GCGUCAUUUGAUUUUUUUUCCUUUGCGUCUAUGCCUGUAUGGAAAACACAGACAAGGCGAGUGUAGAACAAACACUGUUUUGUAUUUUCACUCUCCAAUGGCGCACGAAGCGAGCAUCAAGGUCGAGAUUCCCAGCCGCCUCGAGGAGCUCUGGGAGCUCUCGCCUCACCUCCCAUCUCCACAGCGAUUAAACGCCGCAUUCGACAGCAUCGCGGUCUCUUCCUUUCCCCCACUCGGAGAAGCCAAAGUGAUCGAAAUAGCAUCAGACGCGAGCAUUGCGGAAGCUGUCCAGAUUCUAGCGAGGAACAACGUUUUGAGCGCACCGGUGAGAGAUGUGGAGGCCCCCGACGACGCGAGCUGGAUCGAUCGGUACAUAGGAAUCGUCGAGUUUGCUGGGAUCAUCUUGUGGCUGCUCCAACAGUCCGGAGUGUCCUCUCCCAAGGCUAGUGCAAAGCUAGAAAAUUUGCAAGCAGCGGCACUCGCAUCUUCGGGGAGCUUUGGACGUACAGCUGUUCCAGAGCCGUAUCCACCGGAAAUUUUAGAAAGCGAUUUCUUUGAAGAACUUACUUCCUCGUCCUGCUACAAUCAAAGCAAGGUGAAAGACAUCGUUGGAUCGUUUAGAUGGGCUCCAUUCCUCCCGGUGCAAAAAUCCGACACUCUUCUCACAGUGCUACUGCUGCUGUCGAAUUAUCACAUGAAAAGCCUCCCGGUUGUGGAAUCUGGACGAGCAGAGAUACAAGGUCUCAUCACGCAAUCAGCAGUAGUUCAUGUUCUCUCGCAGUGCAUUGGCAUACCUUGGUUCGACAGCCUCGGUAAGCUGUCGUUAGCACAGCUUGGCCUCCCAUCGACAACAUCAGCCAAAAUGUUGAAGAUCGUGGAAGACGAGCCAGUUCUUCGAGCGUUUCGAGUGAUGCGGUACCACAACGUUGGCGGCUUGCCUGUCAUCACAAAGUCUGACAACAAACCAAUCGGUAACAUCAGUAUCAGAGACGUCCGGUUUCUACUUACAGCCCCACAAGUUUACAAAUCUCACCGAACAAUAACAGCGAAGGAUUUCCUCCAAGUUACAAAGUCGAUCUUGCAAAAAGACCAGCCUUCCUCACCGAUCCUCCACCCUGUCAUCGUUUGCACGUCGAGUGAGAGGCUCCAGGACGUGAUCUCCAAGCUGGACAGGGCCCGAAUCCACCGCAUCUACGUCGUGGACAAGCACGGCCACCUCGAAGGUGUGGUGACCUUGAGAGACAUCAUCUCCAAGUUCGUGGACGAGCCUCCGGGUUACUUUGGAGAUUUCUUCGCCGGCGUAGUUCCUGCCACAAGAACUUGCAAAGUGUGAAUUCUUCCUGUCAGUUACAGAAUGGUAAGAACAUACCAGUGAAACAAACUUGGAUCUCCCAAGUUCGUGCAGCAGCGUCCGGACGCUUUAUUGUGUAGUUCCUGCCACAAGGAACUCAAACAUGCUGUAAAUCUGUAAGAACAAACCCAGUGAAAGACUUGGAUGAGUAGAGGAUUUGGUUUAUUGCGCU